CCGGGUCCGUUGCCUCAAUCCGAGGGGCGAGGUGUGGGGAUCUGAAUGCAUUACUACCGGAUAGUAGCCUACUAAAAAUGUAUUUGUCGGAAUCAUUUUGGCUUGUCGGAGCCGUGUCAUUAUCAUUAUUUUGUUGUGUUUCAUGGAAACACUCCAUAAUCGGUGUGCGAGGUACUCUGAUACUAGUUGGGCGAUGUUUUUUGCUGUUAGGACUGUCCUGCUUGGUGGUCUCUUAUUUAUAUCCACGCCUGAGAUCCGCAAUAUCGUCUGAAACCCCGUUAUCUCAAUAUCAUGAAGAUGAUGAAGCCAAACGGAGGCAAAAACUGGUUAGGGAGGAGCAGCAGAAUAACCUGAGGGAUAAGGCCCAUUCUUAUCAAGAGACAGUAAUGAGGCCUCGUAUGGAAUCUUCAUCCAGGAAGCGAGAGGACCGCUUUUACCGCAUGACAGGAGAGACCUGGAAACGGACAGAAGGAGAACGCCUUGGGGAAGGAGAAUCACCUGAACUUAGUGCCCAGGUGGAUAUUAAUGCGACACCCAAUGAAGAAGCAGUUAAGAAGAGGAAACUGCCAGAAAGCGCCACCACAGUCCAUUCCAAACGUGGACCUCCCCCUGAGAAGAAGGUGGUCGUGUUGCCAGAGGAACCAGCAGAUGAUGCUGAAGAGGUUGUGAGGGUGGCUUUGAGAUGUCCAAGUGGAAGAACUGUUCACAGGAGAUUCCUGAAAUCACACAGUUCCUCGAUUCUUUUGGUCUGGUUGCAGAAGAUUGGAUAUCACCCAACAAUCUACACAUUAUGCACUUGCUAUCCAAGACAACCACUGAUCACAGGAAAGAAUGUUAGCAUGGAAGAUGCAGGCAUAUUGACUCACACAGUACUUAAUGUUGAAGAAAAGUAUCCUUCCACAACCUGAAGAACUAAGUUUGUGAUUGUCUUCAUACUGUAUGUGCCAAACUAUUACUAAGACAACCCAAAGCAACCUGUUGCAAAAAUAUUGACACCUACUUCGUCCAGAUAUAAAAGCUAUUUUAUGUAAUUUCUGACAAAAUGUACUUUAGAAGUCUAACAAUAAAUACAUUACCAUGUGUCACUGA